AUGAUGAUUAAUACCAAAAGUUUCUUCUAUUUGAUUUUCAUUCCUUCAACUUUUGGUUGGCCACAAAUCAAUCUCGAACGUACUGACUGGACAUAUGAUAUAGAAAAGUAUAAUAAUCUGCAACAUGAUUGUCUUCUGGUCGCAUCGACAACAGAAUUCGUAUUUAAUGCCCGGCAGGUAAUCGCGUACUGUUUAACCGAAUCGUCGCCGAAAUGGAACAUACGACCGAAUACGGUCAAUCAAAACGUAACUUUUGCUGAACUUUACCAUCAAGGUGUCAUCUGGAAACAGUUAUAUCUGUGGUCAGCACCUCUUGAUACAAUCGAACGUUAUCAAAUCUAUCUCAGUCAACGAGAAAUAUCAAUGGAUAACGAUGUCUUUUAUAAUUGCACAUCACCCAGAUUCGGCCCACAAUGUCAAUAUUCAUUCGAUAUUCCCGGUUUAAAUUAUUCAUCAGUAUUCGAAUUAGUUCACAAAUUUUAUAUAAAACCGUAUGACCCAGAGACGAUAACCUGCUAUAUUGACAUAGAAUGUGAUCUUGGCUCGGCAGCACGCUGUCUCGAUUGGACCGAUGUUUGCGAUGGUGUCGUGGACUGUUUAAAUGACCAAAUCGAUGAAAAACAUUGUUGGCAAAUGAGCGUUAAUGAGUGUCAAGAGCAGGAAUUUCGCUGUGGAGAUGGACAGUGCAUCCCAAUGGAGUUUUCGAAAGACAAUGAAUAUAUUUUUGACUGUCUCGAUAAAUCGGAUCUUGGCAAACUUACUAACCAAAUGGGCUUUUUUCCGUACACUAGCAUUCCUUCCUUCUAUACGGAAGAUAUUAAGUGUUCCAGAGAUUCCCCUCAAAAAGAAACAGAUCCGACUAGCUCAUGUGUACACAAGCGUAGAGAACUACUAAUGAAGUUGAUGGUCCUAGAAUCACCGAAUUCCAUAACGAGCGAUUGUUGGUCGCUGUUAAGAUGUCAUCUUAAAAUAUUCAGUACAUUCGAUUCAAUGUGCAAAGGUAUUAAUUAUAACAAUAAAUCGAUCGAAUUAAUAAAUAAAACAUGUCCUGAUUUAUUAUUCAUCGACACUGUGCUCUCGCUCUUUGGUCAUGUUCAUUUCGUCUAUGAAAAAGAGUUCAUCCUAAACUCAACGGACAAUAUCAAGCCUCAUUACAUUUGCUACGACAAUCGACUUUGUGACGGGUUUUAUUCAAACAGAACAAUAUUAUCAUUUAACGAUCGCACGUGUCGUCGCCCAGAAGAUUUUCCUCUUCAAUUCGAUCACGAUAUAUCCAUGACUUCAUAUCGACGGCUUCUAAGUGAACAAUUAUAUCACUGCAAUACCAUUUUUUAUCAUGAUUUGUCCAUCUGUAAUCAUCCGAUGAUGUACAAAUGUAAGAAUUCAUCAAAAUGCAUUUCACAUCGUCAGCUCUGCGACAACAAGAACGACUGUGACUACAAAGAUGAUGAGCAAUGUUUGAUAGUUAAUGGAAUUUGCUCCGUAGCUGAUUCUCCGAUGCUCUUUAAAUGUAUGUCGAUCAAUAGAUGUGUGCCGAUGAAUCGAGUUGCUAAUAACAUUUAUCGCGGUGGUACAGGUAUGCCAUCCAUACAAUGUGACGUUGGUUCCAUUGAUAUCAGUAAUUUCGGAGAACGUAUAAACUUUGCAGGACUAUGCGAUGGCGAAGUACAUAUAGGUCCCAUCGUCAUCGAUAACAAAAAUGAAACCGAUGAAACUGAAUGCACACAUUGGUCAUGUCAUAAUUACUACACUGAAUGUGAUGGUGUGUGGAAUUGUGCGAAUGGAGCUGACGAAGCCCACUGUUAUGGAAAAUUUUCGUACGAAUGUCCACUUUAUCAUCAUAUAUGCAUUUCACCUGUUACAUACAAUUUAACGUGUUUACCAUUUGAAAAAGCUAAUGACGGAAUCAUCGAUUGUCUUGGUGCUACGGAUGAGCCAGCAGUGUGUCGACGAGGUCUUCAAGAGCUUACUACAAGGUAUUUUCAUUGCAAAAAUGAUUCAAGUCCAAAGUGUAUAACAGAGGGUUGGUGCUUGAAGUCUAAGCGAUGUAUGCAUAAAGAUGAGGAGCCACUCUGCGACAAAGCUCGAAUCUCUGACAACUCCGUCUGUGAUUGUCAACGUGAAAGUUCUUCUGCGAUUAAUACAUUCUUCUGUAGCCGUUUUUGUCCGAAAGCUUCGAAGCGUACCUUUAAAUUAUCAGAAAGCAUGCGAUUUCCGAAAGAACUGGCAGUACAGCAAAGUAAGGACUCAAUAUACGAACAUCCAUUUGGUACGGUCAGCUUUCUUCAAACGAUUCAUGGAUAUAAUCAACGUUGCCAUCGUGGCAUUCCAUUACGCAUCUGGCUCGAUCACAAAAAUAAUUUGUCUAAAGAAGGUUGUCUUUGUCCUCCUAGUUAUUACGGUGAAAUUUGUCAAUACCAAAACCAACGUGUUAGCCUAACAGUUCGAUUUCGAGCUUUUAGUGAUUCUCGCCGUACUCUAUUUAUCAUUCUUUUCUCACUGAUCGAUAUCGAUGAUAAUGAACGACACAUUGAAAGUUAUGAGCAGCAUACGUAUCUCUAUUCGAAACAUUGUUCAAUCAAGUACAAUGUUUAUCUCCUGUAUCCAACUCGUCCAAAAAAUCCUCGUAAAAACUAUUCAAUUCAUAUUGAUGUUUAUGAAAAAAUUUCUUUAUCGUAUCGUGGAAGUUUCUUUCUGCCUAUUCCAUUCUCAUUCCUACCUGUCAAUCGUAUUGCGGUGCAAAUGAAUAUUUUACCGAAACAUCAAAUAACGAAGAAUUGUUUCAUCGAUUCAUGUUUACAUGGUCAAUGUGUCGAAUACAUGAAUGAGAAGACAAUUCAGUCGUUUUGUCGUUGUGAACAGGGCUGGUACGGGAAAUUCUGUAACAUCUCUCGCGUUUGCCAAUGCUCAUCGAAUUCCAUUUGUGCCGGUGUUUCUCGCAGCAACCAAUCGAUCUGUAUUUGUCCGAUGAAUCGAUGGGGUAAUCGAUGUUUACUUGAAAAUAACGUCUGUCAGCCGAGCGAUCAGAGCGAUAUUUGCCUUAACGGUGGCCAAUGCAUAGCUGAUGAUGAAAAAUUAAUGAUCGAUGAUCAAAUCAUUUGUAUUUGUCGGAAAGGAUAUGACGGGAAACGAUGUGAAAAUCGUGUUAAUCAAUUGAUUUUAUCAUUUCACAAAAAAAUUGAUCUACCACAAGCGAUGAUUGUUCAUUUUAUAUUUAUACCUACUAAUAUGAACGAGAUAUUUACAAACGGUUCAACUGUACAAGCUAUAUUUCCCUACCAAUCGACAACAAGUGUUUAUUGGCCUAACAAAUACCAUAUUUCAUUUGUUCAAUUAAGGAACAAUUACUAUCUAAUACUCGUUCAACAUCAGUACAAUACAACAGCAAUCGUUCAUCGACAGAUUCAUCCAUCAGAUCGUUGUAAACAUCUCAGUGAAGUGCUGGAUAAACACAUCGUUCAAUUGUACCUUGUUCGUCGAAUGAAAUAUUAUCAAAUUCCAUGCCAAAAAUAUGCCCCACAUCUACAAUGCUUUUAUGAUCAAGAUUAUUUCUGUUUUUGUUACAGUUCUGCUUACCAGCGCUUAGCGAAUUGUUUUCCAUUUAAAAGUAUAAUUCAGCAUGAUUGUUAUGGAUACAGUAUUUGUGAGAACAAUGCUCGAUGCAUACAAGACUCAUCAAUGUGCCCCAAAUCAACGAUAUGUGUUUGUCCGGAUUGUUAUCAUGGAACACGAUGUCAAUUUAGUUCGCAUUUAUUUGGCUUAUCACUUGAUGGAAUUAUUGGUUUUCAUAUUCAACCCUUUGUUAGUUUCACUUCUCAGACAUCAGUGGUAAAGAUCAGCUUGUGUUUAACAAUAAUUAUCAUUUUACUCGGCGUUGCAAACAGUAUACUCUCUUGGAUAACGUUUCAAGAUGAAGAAUCAAGAAAGAAUGGAUGUGGAUAUUAUCUGUUAGCAUCGUCAUUCGUUAUUUUAUUAACAAUGCUUGUUUUCGGAGUGAAAGUUAUCAUUUUACUUGUAUCACAGAUGACAUAUAUAUCCAAUGAGUUAUUUCUCAAAAUUCAAUGUCACACACUUGAUUUCUUCAUCCGACUAGGCCUGACUAUGGAUCAAUAUUUGAAUGCAUGUGUUGCUGUAGAACGCUUGUUCACUGUUAUCAAAGGAGUUAAUUUUGAUCAGAAGAAAAGCAAACGAGUAGCCAAAUAUACUGUCGUUUUUCUACUCAUUGGGAUUGCAACGACAAAUCUUCAUGAUCCAAUUCAUCGCCGAUUGAUUCAUGACAAUAAUGAAGAUGAUGUGGAAAUGGAAAAACGAAUUUGGUGUGUUGUGAAUUAUUCAUCGGCUGUUCGAACAUAUAGUUUGAUUAUAAAUUUAAUCCAUUUCUCAGCUCCAUUUAUGCUGAAUUUAAUAUCCGCUUUGUUGAUUAUUAAGAUGACAGCCAUGCAACGUACAACUGUUCGUACUACUGAAUCUUACCGAGACUUAUUACUAACACAAUUUCGUGAACUUAAACAUCUUCUCAUCGCUCCGAUAGUUCUCAUUAUUUUAGCAUUACCACGUUUUAUUCUUUCGUUUAUAUCAAAUUGUAUGAAAUCAACAAAUGAUGUCUGGUUACCAUUAAUGGGCUAUUUCAUCUCAUUUAUCCCUCCGAUGUUUACAUUGGUUCUAUUCAUUGUUCCAUCGGAACAUUAUAGAAAACAAUUUACCAAAUCCGUGAAGACCUUACGAACUACGGUUGCAUCCAAAAUACUACUCAAGCAAAAUUGA